AUGUUUACAAUUAAUGCAACACUUGGCUUUAGUUGGGUUAUUUCAUCUUUUGGAUUUUUUCUUUGUUGUCGUUAUUUAAUAGAUCCAUUAACUUAUGUUCGACUAUCAGUAAAUAAAUCAAAUAAUCAUGGACUAUCGUCACCAUAUAUUCGAACAUGGUUCACAUAUUCAGAUGAAGAACGAUGGCAACGAUUAAAUUUAUUAAUUAGUUGGUUGCAUGCUUUUAUAACCGGUCUACUUGUUCUAUAUAGUUUUUAUGCAUAUCCGGAAUUACAAUAUGACUUUGUUAAACACGUUAAUUUUGUUACGUAUUUAACAUGUUCAUUAUCAUUUGGUUAUUUUUGCUAUGAUUUCUGUGAUGUUAUAUCAAACAGAAGAGGAUUAAAUUUAUUUGAAAUCAUAUUACAUCAUAUUGUUAUUUUAAUUUUCUUUGGUUUAAACAUAAUGCGUGUAUUAAAUAUUGGUUAUCAAAUGUUUGCAUUAUUAGCUGAAGUAAAUUCAAUAUUUUUACAUGCUCGAAAACUUUUUCAACUUUUUAAUAUUCCACGUGAGAAUUUUUUCGUUCAGUUAAAUAUGAUUAUAAAUAUUCUAACAUUCUUUUUAUGUCGUUUAUGUAUGUUAUUUUUUGUUACUAUUUUUGUUUAUUAUGAUCGUUAUCGUGUAGGAGAUUCCUAUUAUUUAUUUGUCACAAUUAUUCUCAUUCCAGUUAUGUGGAUAAUAAAUCCAAUACUCUUUUAUCGUGUAUUGUAUACUGAUUUUCUAAAACGAUAUAAGUCACGUAAAUUAAUGUCAUAA